CCCAUCCCGGCCAAAACGUUUCAAACAAUCCCAAGGCUGCUGAAGACUUUUCAAUGUAAUUUAGCCAAAAUCCAAUUGGGAUGAGAUAAUUUAGAGAAGACUUAGAGAGUCAAGUCUUGCUGGUCAACUGAAAAGGUGUGGAGGAAACUCCUGCUUGGACGAUUGAUCAUUCAUAUCGUUUUCAAAUAAGGAAAACCUCUUCCAUUUAGCUUUCCAAAGCCCCAUAUUUGAUCAUCAGUCGAAAACCUCUUGUUGUAGCUCAGCAAGAGUAAAGAAACCAGUAGUACGUACUAUGUAGGAUGGGUUCUCUUCCCUCAUUGUCUUCCCCUGUCUCAUCCUCUUUUCUUUCUUUCCCUUUCUUCUUCUUUUUCUUCUUAUUUGUGUCUCAGCUUUCACUCGGAUCGGUAGAAGAAAACUUGUACGAAUUUUGUGCUCCCCACUUCCACUCCAACUGUGGGGAUCAGAACAUCGGUUACCCCUUCUCCAUACCCCCCCUGGAGGAAUGUGGGCUAGGCAUCAUCCAUUGUGAUGAACAAGAUGACUCAACACCAUUUGUCAGUUAUGAUGAUCAGGGUGUAAAUCCAAACAGGUUUGAGGUCAAGAGCAGCAUCGACUACAACGAUGAGCAGAUUGGAAUUCAUGAUCGACUCUUCACGGACCUCAUACAGCGGAACAACUGCAUUGGACUCUACAAUCUCACUCUCCCACACUUUUCCGGUCAUCUGUCCUUCCGACUGAUAAGCCCCUACAAUAUUACCUUCCGAAUAUGCAACAAUAGUGAUCCUCAUACCUACAUACCAGAACACGACAAUCUCGGUCUGUCAGGUAUCAGACGCUGCGGAGACCAUGUUCUGUACUUCUCCACUCCAUCUCUAUUUCCAUAUCCAUCUCCACCACCUCCACCUCCACCUCCACCUCCUUCUGGUGUCCCUCAAUCUGACUGCAAAGUGGUCGAAUUUCCCGUGGAUUUGGAAGGGGUGGCUUACAACCUUUCGCGUCGGUUGUCUCUCGGGUUUCUUCUUCAAUGGAAAAUUCCCCAACCAUGCUAUUACUGUAAAGCAAAUGAUACCCUCUGUCUAUACGAACAGAACCAAGAUCGUUACUUCUGCGCGCCUCCGUAUCACGAUGUACAGGAGGCUCCGGCACUUCCUCCAAAAGGUGGUGAAGUUGUAGGGAAGAAUAAAAUGGCCAAGUGGAAGAUCAAUAUUAUAAUAGGCGUCGUCUCAGGAUUUGGGGGUAUCCUACUAUCCUGCUUAGUUUUCUUCCUCAUCUACCACCAACGCGGCCGGAAGGGAGCCCAUUAUGCCCUUUUCGAGACCAGAAGCUCGUCUCCUUCUUUAAGCCGACUUUCUGGAAGCAUCGCUUCCUAUCCCCGCUAUGGAGUCCCCGUCUUCACCUACGAAGAACUCGAAAAAGCUACUAACAACUUCAAUUCCAAUCAAGAACUCGGCGAUGGAGGCUUUGGCACCGUUUACUAUGGGAAGCUACAGGACGGGAGAGAGGUUGCGGUGAAGCGACUCUAUGAGACCAAUUGCAAACGCGUCGAGCAGUUCGUGAAUGAAAUUGGAAUCCUUGCCCGUUUGCGUCACAAGAACCUCGUCACCCUCUACGGCUGCACUUCACGCCAUAGCCGGGAACUCCUCCUCGUUUAUGAAUUUAUCAAUAAUGGAACCGUUGCCGAUCAUCUUCAUGGAGACAGAGCAGAGUCUGGUUCGCUUCCAUGGCCUACCCGUAUGAGUAUCGCCAUAGAGACAGCUCAAGCACUGUCAUACCUCCACGCUGCUGAUAUCAUCCACCGUGAUGUGAAGACUAACAACAUCCUCCUAUGCAAAAAUUUCCAAGUAAAGGUUGCAGAUUUCGGGUUGUCUCGUCUCUUCCCAACCGAUGUAACCCACGUCUCCACUGCUCCACAGGGUACUCCAGGCUACGUUGAUCCAGAGUAUCACCAGUGCUACAGGCUUACAGAAAAGAGCGAUGUGUAUAGCUUUGGAGUGGUCUUGAUUGAGCUCAUAUCAUCAAAGCCUGCUAUAGAUGUCACUAGGCCUUAUCGUGAGAUUAAUUUGGCUGACUUGGCUAUCAACAAGAUUCAGAAUCAAGCUGUGCACGAGCUGGUCGAUCCGUGUCUUGGAUAUGAAACUGAUGUUGCAGUGAAGGGGAUGAUGACAUCGGUGGCGGCUUUAGCUUUUAGGUGUCUGCAAUAUGAGAGGGACUUGAGGCCUUCCAUGGAUGAGGUGUUGGAGGUGUUGAAGGGAAUAGAGGGUAAGGAAACCCUAAAUGUUGGAUUUAACCCCGAAAGCUUGGACUUUGGUUCUGUAUCUGCAUUUCUGGAUUCCUUGUUUGCAUUGAAUUCGAGGAAGCCCGAGGAGGUUGGGGUGACGGAUGGAGAGCUGGCUGUGUUGGAAAACUCUUCUGCCGCUUUGGUUGGCAUUUUUGCGCUUUUGGAUCACUCCUCUUCAGUUUUGUCUACUGUUAUUAAUGCAGGGGUAGGUGAUGACGCAGAGAGGGAGCUUUGCUUGGUUUGUGUGAGACUGAGCGGAGACGAACACGAUAACAGCAGCGGAGUCGACGAGGAAGAUGACAGUGCCUCAUCGGAAUCUGCGGGAAGAAACCCAAAUCGACGACGGCUAACAAGAUGGAGAGGAACUCUGAUAGAUUUUAAAAAGAGGAGAGACUUAGGGAAAUGCCCAACAGCUUUGUUUAGAGUUAUCAAUUAUAUAGUGCAGCAAGUGAUGGGUGGUUCUAUGAACUCUACUUUGCCCUUCAAUUCCUUCUUAGUUUUUGCCUUUCCCUUCUUCCUUCUAUUGCACCUUCCUCUUCUCUCAGCUAGACCAGAUCAAUUCCCAGAUUGCUCUGCUCAGCACCAUUUCUGUGGAAAGUUAAACAUCAGUUAUCCCUUCGUUAACCUCACCUACAGCUGGCCUUUCUCUUGCGGAUUAGAACUAAUUCGCUGUAUAAAGGGUUCCACACCAGUGAUCUAUCCUAGCGACCAGAAUGAUGAAAGUACAUAUGAGCUUCAAAGCAUCAACUACACCACCAAUACUGUAUUAGCUCAUGACCGGAGGUUCACCAGACAAUGGCUCAGCGACGAUGACAAAUGCAAUGCCCUCUUCAACAAUUAUACUAUGCCACCCAUUUUCCGUUAUCUUUCAGCUCAAGUGAUUAGCCACAACCAUACACUAGAAGUAUGCAAGCGCCGUCGAGAAGCAGUUGAUGAUUCUCAUGGUAGUGUCCACCCCAAGGACUGCACAGUUGAGGUCAUACCAGAUGGAGCUGCAGGUCGACCCAGUUCCCAACCCUUUCCAUAUGACUGCAAACUGGUUCAUCUCCCUGCGGAUCAUGUGCCAUCUUCCAAAUUCCAAUUUGCGCAACUGUUCACUGUUGGGUUUCGUCUUCGCUGGAGCCUUCCACAACGAUGUCAUCAGUGUCACAAGAAUGGAACCGUCUGUGUGAGCUACGGCCAAAAUAAUUUGAAUUGUUGCAAUCCAAAGGGUAUAUGGAAUCAAGAAAAAGAUGAUGCCCGGAACAUGACCCAAAAAAUUGGAAUAGGAAUUUUCACAGGAGUUGCUGCAGGAAUCCUUUUUACAAGCUUAAUUUUCUUCAUGUUCAACAAAAAUCGCACCAAGCAUAACUUUGGCAGAGUCCGCAGCAUUUUCAUGAAGACAGACCUAGAAAAGGGCAGCACCCACUUUGGAGUCCCCAUCUUCUCCUAUGCUGAGCUCGAAGAAGCCACCAAUAAUUUCAGUUCUGUUAAUGAACUCGGAGAUGGUGGCUUUGCUACUGUUUACCAUGGCAAGCUUCGAGAUGGACGAGUUGUUGCAAUCAAGCGGCUUUACCAUAACAACAAGAAGCAUAUUCAGAGCUUCAUGAAUGAAAUUGAGAUCCUCACUCAUUUGCGCCACCAAAACCUAGUCACUCUUUAUGGGUGCACUUCAUACCGUAGCCGCGAACUCCUUCUUGUGUAUGAAUUCAUUCCGAACGGCACUGUUGCUGAUCAUCUCCAUGGAGAUAGAAAGCAGGUUGGAUCACUCCCAUGGCCUGUUCGCAUGAGCAUAGCCAUGGAGACUGCAAGUGCAUUGUCCUAUCUCCAUGCUUCUGAUAUCAUACAUCGUGAUGUCAAAACAAGCAAUAUCCUUCUUGACAAACAAUUUCAUGUUAAAGUUGCAGAUUUUGGGCUAUGCCGUCUGUUCCCUACUGAUGCCUCCCAUGUCUCCACUGCUCCUCAAGGGACUCCAGGCUAUGUUGAUCCCGAGUAUCAUCGAAGCUAUCAGCUUACAGAAAAGAGUGAUGUUUAUAGCUUUGGGGUGGUCUUAAUUGAGCUCAUAUCAUCGAAGUGUGCUGUUGAUACCACCAGGUGCCAUGAUGAGAUCAAUUUGGCAAACAUGGCAAUAAACAAGAUCCAAAAUGGAGCUUUGCAAGAGUUGGUUGAUCCAUGCCUUGGGUUUGAUUUGGACUGCACAAGGAGGAUAAUAACAUUGGUUGCAGAGUUAGCAUUUCGUUGUCUUCAAUAUGAGAAGGAAUUGAGGCCUUCUAUGGAUGAGGUAUUAAAAAUUUUAAGAGAUACUGAGCUUGAUGAGGAGCGCCAGGUAGAUAACAUUGAGGUGAUGGACAUUUUAGCAAGUUAUGAUGUGGAGAUGGCCAAGAAUUCACCACCGCCACUAGCUUCACCCGAUUCUGGGAGUACUGAUUAAUUGAUUUGCCAGCCAACUAUGCCAAAUACCAUCCAAGAUGGAGUGAAAUUCAGCCAAAUUGUCACUCAUCAUUGAUAGCGCCAUCUUAGAUAAGGAGUCAGAUACAAUAUUGGCCCCCGUAGCUUGAAUUAAACUGGAAACUACAUUCUAAAAAAUAAGUGGCUAAAAAUAUUUUCUUCAUGUCCUAGUAGUUGGAAAAAGUAUGUGUGAGGGUUUUGUAUUUUUUUCAUUGAAUUAAUGGAAGCUCUAGUUAUGCUCAA